GCUGGAAAAGGGUACUAGUUGAGAGUAAGGCUUAAGUGUAUCUAUACGAGUUUCCAAGAGGUAAUCAGGUUGGAGAAAGAACUGUUCACUACGCUCAAUUUCAUGUUGAACCAUCGUAGUGAACAUAAGAUUAUAUUUUACACUGCCUUUUGCAAGAGGAGGAGGAAGAGUGUCAACAGAUAAAUUGUUUACCGGAUCUGCUACAAGACGAGCAGUAAGAUUGCACAUUAUUUAUCAAGACUACAGCAAAAUUAUCAACAGCUAUAACCUGUUCGUUUAAUCAGACCUGCAUUUCGACUGCCAUCAUGACUGUCGGGACGUGUGCCACACGGGGCAUUACCAGUCAUGAGGACACCAACCACCCUCAUCGACCACGGUUAAGUUCACUCAAGAAACCUCAAAGCCAUAGUAGCAGUGAACACCCCAGCAACCAACAUAAGAACAGGAGGCAGUCACUACAGCACGAGUACGGCCUGAUUCCAGACUUCUGCGACACACCAGCCUACGAUAGUUGCGUUGAUAGCAGUAAUGAAUGGAAGCCCAAUCCUGAAUAUAAUGCUACCAACAACAAUCAAACGGAUAUCCUUGAUCUCAAUCAGCUAAAGAGUGUCAGCAAGGCAAUCCCUAUUUCAGCUUACCCAAAAUCUCUAAUACAGUGGCCAGUAGACGGAUCAACAAAAAACAAACGCAUUUCUGAGGUUAAGAAACAGGUAAAACUUCUCGGUAAUUUCAUCAAGAUGACAGUUGGUGGUGGUCAUCAUGCUGAAGCUCUGUCAGAUGACAAAACUCCUACCAAUCCUCCACCCUUCUCAGGUCAUGUGGAUAUGUCCAGGAUCCCUGUUCAUAAUCUUGCACACACAGCAGACGAGACAUCAAUGGCCAAGUGGGAGGACAUUGAAGCAUUGAUACAAGCAGGGAGAAUGAAAGAGGCCAAGUAUAUUGUUCGGGAGACAGACUGGAGUCUAGGUAGUCCAGCCCGUGAAAACCUUUGGCGUGAGAUAUGCCGUCAUCAUUCUUCUGAAAAAGAUUUUGGAGACUACUAUUACUGGGAUACUGUGAAGCAGAUUUAUGGAACCACUGAACUCUUGGAGUGUAGUGUCCAGUUGCCAGCCUUCAUUGAUACAAAAUACAAGAUAUCUCAGUCCCUUUCACCUAGAGGAGUAACAGCCUGUGAAAGGGUUAUCUCUGUGAUAGCAUUCAGUCACCCAGCCAUCACAUAUGCUCCAGCUCUGUAUGCCAUGACAUCUUUAUUACUUCAUUACAUGGAUGAAGUGGAUGCCUACAACUGCAUGGCUGCCCUUGUUUGUGGAGCUCAGAAUAAGUUUCUUACGCAGACUAAAAUUGCAAAUGAAGCACACUGGAGAGCAGCAGUGAUCCUGGGUAAAAAGCAUAUUAGAGGUGCCUUUUCAACUCUGUCCAAAUUUGGAGUUCCUGAAGAGCAAAUAGAGGAUGCUUUCCAGAACUGGAUAUGGUGGAUUUUAGCUGCUUUGCCCAUCACACAUGUGAUUUCUCCUCAAAAGUUACUGAAAACUGCUUUUGGUAUCCGGGCUUUCAGCAAGUCAGAAAUCACUAAAGUAGUUGUUCAAACAGAGAUGUACCUCAAAAGCCAAAGAGUGAUGGGAGGCACUGGAAGUGGGGCAGGACAGAUGCAUGCUCCAGAAACGCCAACAUUAAAUCGUUCUGUAUCACUGGAAGGCCUUCCUACUUCAGAAUCACAGUCUAGCAUCCAGAUGAUGUCUCACACCCUUACCAUCAAGGAGGGAUCUCGCUCUCCUGCUCCUCGUGUGCGAACUAUGGGACAAUAUCCCAUUCACAACAUCAAAUCGAUGAUCGUCUCAAAGGACGAGCUACUGACUCUCUGGUCAUGGCUUCCUAUGAGGAUGACAAUGCAUCAACCUACUUUGCUAUACACCACAGAGGAACAUGGCUGUUCACUUACAACUUUCUUCCAGCGUGUAGAGAAACAUGAACCUACUCUCCUCUGCAUCCGGACUGUGGAUGAUUAUGUUUUUGGGGCCUACUGUUCAACUGCUUGGAUCCAGCGGCACCAUAAGGAUGAGUUUGGCAACUGGCAGACAUACUUUGGCACAGGUGAAACAUUCUUGUUCACUAUGCGACCAACUGUUGCUAAGUACCAGUGGGUGGGAAUCUCCAGGCAGCAAAAUAAUGCAGAGUUAUCAUCUGUAGAACAUUCAGCAGAACUCUUCAUGCAUGCUGACCAUAACAUGAUAACCAUUGGUGGAGGAAAUGGACAGGGAAUCAUGCUGGAUCAUGAUUUCCGCUAUGGCAAGACAGAAACAUGUCAGACAUUUGACAAUCCUCCUCUUGUGCCAAAUGGAGAUUUUGAGGUUAAGGUUAUAGAAGUGUACAGUCUGAUAAAUAUGUAAGUGAAAAAGUGUUAAAAGAAUGGAUUAGAUUGUUUUUUAUAUAUAAUCUACGUUUAUUAUAAUUAGUUUUGUUGUUCAACUGUGGAUUACACUUUUAAAUUGUUUUUGCCAAGGUUAGUACAGUAUUUAGUUUUCAUAUUUAAUGUUGUUAAGAUUAUUUUGAGGUUAACAUAUCAUUUGUUGUAAGGUAGAAUAAUCCAAAGAACUAAAUAAUUGAGAUAGAUUUACAUGAUACUCAUCUAUUUAGAAUAAUUUAUCAGAGGAUGAACUCUACAUUAAACACAUUUGUUGCAGUCUAUUGUAUACAUACAUAUUUUUUUUAAUAUAUGCUUACUUUAAGAUAUCGUUAGUCAUGUGCAUUAUUUUGCAUAUGAUUCUUUUGAAUCCUAGUCAUGUAUUGUGUGUGCUCAUUUGUGCACCAAUUGUUAACACAAGCUAGUGUGUGGCUGUUAUGUAGUAAUUAUGCUACAUGAAUAGAGCAUCAGGGUUUAUCAUAACACACACACAUGCACACACAUUAUGAACAAAGAAAUCUCAUAGGAAUAAUGUUACAAUUUAGAUAGCUGCCCAAGAUGAUUCAGCAAUAAUUUCCUUUAGAACAGAAUGUAUUAAUUCCCUGCCUCUAGCUGAUAAGUGUUGGUACCAUGAUAUGCAAACAUUUAUGCUGAACGCUUGAGGGUGAUAAUGACAAGGCUAUAGGUGUAAUGCAUUUGUAGUUUGCUCAAGUGAUGCGUUGUUACCAAAUUCUAAAGAUGUAUUUGACAAAUCAGAAAGUAGUGUAUUAGUGCUUUGAAAUUUGUCAUUGGAAUAGGUGAAACCUCACAUUGCAGAUACACUGAUUUUUCCUUCUAAUGUUAAUAGCCUGAAAAUUUUACUUAAGACAAAAAAUGAAACAUGGGGUACACAUGUCUGCUUAACAAUGCCACUUCAUGUUUGGUUGAUUUUGACCUAAAUGUUGGUUUCCUUUUAUUUAAAAAUUAGAACACUUGUAAAUUUGUGCAUCAAAAAAUUUUCCUUGUUCAUUAUCUGCAGUAUGAGGCUCUUAUCAAUUAUUUUUGUGAACCCUUCAGUGUUUGUCAAGUCACCUUGCCCUGAAACCUAACUUUGCUCUGUGUUGUAACUGCUACAGUUCAUGCUAUUAGACUUCAGUCAUUGUGAAGCUUUGAACCCCUAGCAUUUUUAAGGGCAGCUUUAUUCAUCAUAAAAUGUUAUUCCUUUGCAUUUGGUAUAAAAUGCCAUAAAAAAUAUUCACUUUGCCUCAUAGAUAUAAAUUACAGAUUCCCUAUUAUUUGUAUAAUAAAUUUAUACAUGGAACAAUUCAGUACGAAGUGUUAAGUGCAAAUACUUAACCACUGCCAGGGUGUAAAUUUGUUUAUAUAUAUAUAUUUUUAAAUUCAUAACAUUAACGUUGCUUCAGUGCAUAAAGGUACACAUUCAGCUUCACAUAUUUAUUUAUUGCAGAUAUUAGAAAAAAAACAUAUGUAACUCACUGGACACUUGUUUUUGACUAUUAGCAUUUAUAUAUCAGACACAUUAGUUUGGUGUAUAUAGGUGAAUUAUAUAAAUUCACUUUGAUGUUAUUAAACAAAAUUUAUGUAGUAACUACUCGUGCAAUUAAAGUUGUAGAAAAAUUUUUCUUUAUACAUGCAAGUUCAAAUUGAGUCGUGUAAUGCCAAAAAAAUUCAGUUGUGUACUGUACCCCUUCAGCAUUUGCUAUUUUUCCCACUCGCUAAUGUGUUUUUUUUUUUUUUUAUAUUGCUAGUUAUCCAAGGCUAAGUUCAUUGAUCUGUGACUUGCAUAUGGUAUUAUGGCAUUAUCCAUUAGUUGGGCUCCUGGAACUGUCUUUUGUAUGAUUUUAUGACAUUACUUGUGAACAUGUCUACAAGGUGUGUGACUAUUGUGUGCUGUUACAUCUCAUGCAUACAUAUCUUGAAGAUAACUCAUUUCUACUGUAAAUGGCAAGAGUCUAGAACACAUACCCCUUUCCCUUUUCAAAUAAAAAGUACCAUAUUGUUGAAUUCACUAUCCAUGAACUGCUCAUGGAACAUAUCCUUUGCAGAUGCUGAUUGGGUAUACCAGUAGAUGGAAGUACUUAACAUUUAGUGGAAUAGGAACCAUAUCAUGUUAAUGUUAAGUGACAGCCAUUUUCUUUGUGGUUAAAAUGUUCGGUAAAUUGGUACUGUCAGGUACUGUGUCCAGUAUGUUGAGUCUCAUUUUAUUCAUUAUCCACUUGAAAUGGUUUGUUAAUGAAGUUUAUUUGUAAAUAUAUAAUAUGGCCAGUAACUUAUUAGAUGAAUACUGCAACUUUUUUAGUUUUGCAGUUGUAUUGUUUUACCAUUUAUUUUAUUGUGUUGUAGCAAUGAAAGUAAAGGAUGUUGAAAUA